GCCACAUCUAUACUCCCCUUAACUCGCACAUCCAGGGGCGCGGAAGCCUUAGAUUGACUUGGAUGCAAGAUAGGAGUAGUCCGCGACCGGUCAAGUCAUGCCCUCGGUGCUGGACCUUCCAUACGACGUCCUCCGAGAGAUCUUCACCGGACUCUCCGCCGUCCAUGUGCUGCAGUUUUUGUGCACGUCUCGCAAGCUUUACUACCCCCUAAUUGACGACGACUCUACCUGGUAUCACUUCUGCGCGCCAUAUGGCAUCACCGACACGGACUUGUUCCGCAAGCGCUCCUUCCGGAUCAUCUACGGCCGCCUCCUCCAUCGGUAUGGCGCCCUCCUCGGCCUCUGGUGCAGUGACUACCCCUUCCGAGGAAAUAUCGUUCAAUUCCGUAUCGUCCCCGACCGCUGGCUGCGCCGCGGCGAACCGAUCAUCGUCGGCGAGGUCUGGGAGUUCACGCAUGCUGAUCAGGACGCGGCUGGCCAGCGCCCAGAGUACCCGAAGUACAUCGAGUUCAUGCAAAUCGGGUUUGUGCCCUGGAAGAAGUCUACACCCAAGACUGCAAACGAUGUGCAGGUCAGCUGGCACAUCCGUUCCGAGCGCAAUCUCGGCUUCCUCGUCCAUAAUGGCAUCCCGCCGCCGUGGGUGCGCAUGGACGGCGAUGGGCGGCUCGCGACGCCCUCGUUCCAUGUCAUCGCGCCAUCGAAUAUGACAAUCGCCUCCAGCACUCGCCCGGAUCAUCUGAUUGGCACCCCGGACAUCGUCUCGUCGUCGCCGUGGUAUGACUCUGAUAGAGGUCUGCCGCCUUUCUCGCAGGAGGGCCCGCCCGCGAUCAUAGAGAGCAAGGACACAUGGUACUAUCGCCGGACCUUGCACUAUGUUCCCGGUGUAGAGAAGCCAGCCUCUGUCGCAUUCUUUCCACCACCCUAUGGCCAGGACUCCGACGUGCGUCUGCCCGACCUGCACAAUCCCACGUGUGGCUACGGCACGGGCUAUAAGGACAUCGUCCCGCGCUACUAUCCUGUAUGCUUUCCCGCGCAGGCCGGCCACCAUCCUGCUUCCCCUCAAUGGACUCCGGACUCCGUCGUAGGCGUCUGGUUGGGUGAUUACGGCACGAACGGAACGGAAUGUCUCUACCUAGAACACCACGCCGGGGAGGGCAUGCUCCGUGCGUGGAAACUCACCGGUGACGUGAACGUACCACGAGGCGCGUGCAGCUGGGCCGCCAAUCUGCAGUUCCCGCUGUCCGACACGGAGCCAAAGGGCAGGGCAUUCGCGGGGAAAGGCACCACUGCGCAGCACGGUAUCAUGUGA